CGCUCCGAUGUCAGCCAACUCCUUGGUCACAACAAUCACCCACAACAUCCCAUACUUUUUGCGAGCUCCCGCCGAAGCCCUUAUAGGUGAAGAAUGCUACGGAACGCUCGUGUACGAUUUCAACAUCACAGACAGCGAAUGUCUCAAGUACGCUUUGUCUAAAGGCUUGGGUUUCGGAAUCGUCGUUGGUGGCAGUAUCGUCAAGAUCCCUCAGAUAACCAAAAUCGUAUCUGGUCAGUCUGCAAGGGGACUUUCACUCUCUGCUUAUGCUCUCGAGACAGUCGCCUACGCUAUCAACCUCGCUUACAACUCCCGAAACGCAUUCCCAUUCUCCACAUAUGGCGAAACCUUCUUUCUUGCCAUCCAGAACGUUAUUAUCACCCUUCUUAUCAUCCAUCUUGCACCUCAAAAAGGAGCAGUCAUUGGAGCCAGACCUCUCUCUUCCAAGAGAAAUACCAAUGGCAGAAAGGUCUUGACUGGUGCUGUUAUCACUGCUGCUACAGGCUUCUUUCUUUGGUCUGAAACACUCUGUCCUUUGAGUCUUCUCUCGAUCCUUCAAGCUGCUACCCUUCCCCUCUCUCUAAUCUCCAAGGCCCCACAAAUCAUGACCAAUUACAAGUACCACUCGACCGGUAACCUUUCUGCUUUUGCGGUGUUCAACAAUUUCCUCGGCUGUGUUGCCCGUGUAUUCACAACAAAACAAGAAGUCGACGAUCCUCUCAUUUUCUGGGGGUUUGCUAGUGCUGCUGUGCUUAACGCCGUCUUGGCUGUGCAGAUGAUCAUGUAUUGGAGGGAUAAUGAGGAGAAGGAGGAGGUGAGAAGACAUAAUGCAUCGGAGAAGGGCUUGCCAGACGUACUGGAGAAGGCGGGGGGUAUCCUGGAGGGUGACACGGGAAAGAGAUUGUCGAGGAAACUUGAUUAGGUCGUUGUACUAACCUACGGAAUGCUGAAUCGUGUUCAUACUAAAAUUACAGCUAUGCAAAAAUUAUACACAGGCCUAGUCUAUAUUUCUACGCAAUGGCCACCGUGCUUCCUUACACUUCCGCAUCCACGCCAUCUCAAACUUGUUCCGUAAUAUACAGCGCCACUGCUGCUAAAAUACUAGAUGAUCAUCAGCUGAUCUCCCCUUGACAGAAGUACAGUAGUUCAUCACUCAGUACUUACGUAGACAAGAUAGGCAUGAGAACAUCUAAAACCAUGUUGUUAGCACAUGUAC